CAGUGAACUAACAUCGACCUUCCUGACAUCCGUGACUCAAGCGUCAAUGAUAUCAUAACUUCAAUCUAGACUUCUGCGGUGCCACGAUGGCUGUCCUCAACUUCACGCUCAGCGAGGACGCUGUCGCCGCCUUCCGCGACGUCCUCGCCUGCCUGAACAAGUUCAGCGAUGAGGUCUCCCUCGAAGCCAAGAAGGACAAGUUGGUCCUCACAGCACUCAAUGCGUCCAAGUCGGCAUACUCCUGCUUCACAUUCACCACCAACCGCUUCUGCUCCCGCUACCAGUUCGAGGGAAGUGCGCAGUAUCGGGACAAGUUCUACUGCACGCUGUAUACCAGGUCACUCGCCUCCAUCUUCCGAAGCCGUGCAGGUGGCGAUCCUCAGCGUGAUCGCGAGAAGGAGAGCACGAUCGAUCGUUGUGAUGUCGCUAUUGAAGAUGGACCAGGUGUCAAGAGUCGCUUCAUCGUGAAACUAGUUUUCCGGAAUGGUGUCACAUCUACACAUCGACUGCCGUUCGAGGUUGCGGUGCCAGUGCACGCCAAAUUCGACCGAGAUGAAGCGAUCCACCAUUGGACCAUCCCGUCGCGGACUUUGAGGCAACUGAUGGAACACUUUGGUCCUGGAGUCGAGCUUCUGGAUAUUAACUCAGAUGGCGAACAUGUUAACUUCACAUGCUACACAGAGAAGACGACAAAUGGAGACGAGGUUCUCAAGAAACCACUACACACAUCAAUCGCCAUUGAGGUCGACGAAUUCGAAGACAUAGAAGUCGAGGAUAAGCUCCGCAUCGUUAUCAGCGUCAAGGACUUCCGCGCCAUUAUCCAGCAUGCCGGCAUCACCGGCAACCACAUCUCCGCUCGGUACUCUAACCCGGCGCGUCCGAUAUUGUUAACCUAUCCCGGCGACGGCAUAAGCUGCGAGUUCCUGCUCAUGACAGUCGGCGAGAAGGGUAACCCGGCCCAGAAGACGAAGAAGGGAAAGGCGAAAGGCGCCCAGGCGGCUCCGCAGCAACAGCUCGAAGCCGCGUCUAGAAGACAGAGUGCUGCGCCGUCUGAGACCCCGCAGCCCCAGGAGCAGCCAACCGCGCAGAGUAUGCCGCCUCCAGCGCUGUCGGCGUCUGCAUCACGGAGUGGAAUCGCCGCGCGCACUUCACUAUUCGAUUUGCGGCCAUCACAGCGGCCGCCUCCCGCAACCAUGGCUUCUCAAAGCCUGUUCGUGGACGACCAAGACGAACAGGCGUGGGAGCCCGUCAGGUAUGAAGAGGACGAUGAUCCAGACUUGGAUGCAAGACUUGGGUGGGAUCAUAGUAAUCAGCCCGUAAGUCUCCCUGGCCCGAUCGAUCCACCUCGGACCAUGAUCUUAACCCACAUGUCUCUUCAGACCGCUUCUUCCAUGCACCUUGACCGCAAAGUCGCUGAAGAGAAUGCCGAAUUCGACCCGACUCCAGCCAGUAGCGCAGGAUUGGAGCCCACACAGCGCCUUGACGAUGUUAGGCGCCUGGGCUUAUUCUACCAAGGCCCAUGAUCUAUUUGGAUGGAUGGCAAGGUGAUGAAGUUGCUGCCGUUCCGACUUCGAAUAGCCCUUAGCCGGCAGAACCAUGUUUGCACCAAUUCCUCAACCGGUGAUAAUAGUCACCCAGCUAGUCGCGCAGCCCGCGCCGAUACCCGCAAUUUUAGAACCAGGAGGAAUAAAUCUUGACGACGCAAUGACAUUCCACCGUCCCUUAACAUCGUUGUUCUCAACUUGCGGGCCGCAGUUGCCGUGCUCUCCCCAUCCCCAAGCGAGCACAUCGCCCGUCUCCGUGAAAGCAAUGACAUGUUCGCUCCCAAUGGCAAUCUUUGAUAACUUUGGUAGGCUCCGCGGCGGGAGCUGACCGUGAUCGUCUCUUCCCCACGCCAUAAGCUCGCCGUCCUUCUUCAGGACAUAAACAUUACCCCAGCUUGCACCGACAUCUGUCCACUCUGGUACGGAACUGGGCGCAGAGGACUUGAUGUUCCAUUUAUCAGACCCCAGAACGAGCAGCUCUCCUGAAUCUGGGGCUCCAAACAGACAAGUAAAGUCCUUUCCGCAGACAGCUCUUUCAACCUUGAAGUUGACGCCCUCUAUCUUCCGCGGCGAGUAGACGACCGCCUCUGGGGAUCCGCCUUGACCCUUGCGCACGUUGCCCCAGGCGUAGGCGUCGCCGUUGCUCAGGACCGCCACGGCAUGACCCAUACACGCCGCCAGAUCCACGAUCUCGUUCCCGGCCGGCGGGAAUUCCUUGAAGAGGGUGGCGGACGGGGAACGGACGAGGAGCUCUCCGAGGCCCAGCUCGCCCUUUUGUCCGGCGCCGAAGCUGUAGAUCUUGGUCUUCUUCCCCUCGGCGUCUCGUUCGACGACGAAGGAGGCUUCCCAGGUUGCGGCGAUCAGGGCUGGUGUGGCGGGGGCGGCAUUUGCUUCGUCCUUGCUGAGCUGGACUGGUUGGAAUACUGGCUCGUCGGUCUCUGCUGCUGAGGUGAGGCCGCAUGCGCCGCUGGUCGCGUCUCCGCUCCACCAGAGUUGUCCUGAUUUUGUGAGGAGAAGGGUGUGGUUUCCGCCUGCUGCGAUUUUGACUACUGGCGAUUCGGUGUCCUCUGGGAAGAAGACGGCUUGCUUGGGGACGGAGACGUCUUCUUUGUGGCCGAUACCGAGCUGGCCUGAUCCAUUUGAUCCAACGGCGAAGAGAACAGACAUCUUGACAAGUGUUUCGCCUUGAUUCUAUACUUUGGUCGGCAGCUGAUGGAGCUUUCUCUCGACGAGGGGAGCUUCCGAAGCUUGGUAGCUUC